GAGGGUAAGAAGUGGAUGCAGUCACAUACAUCACAGUGAGGUUGUGUUAUUUGGAAAACACAGAAUCAUGGGCAAGAAUUUAGGAAAUUAUCCUCAGCUGUGAUCCGCGAUUCCAGAUGACAGGAGUACAGUAGCUAGGACGUCGCCGAUCGAUAAAGGCCUACCAGUGAGCCGGCACUCCCUUUGGAAUCAUCCACUUGUAGUUCAUGCAAAUCAAACAAUGAUGCGAUGGAUCGAUGUCGUGAUUAGAUUCUUCUUGGACCUGGGGAGAGAACUAUUCAGGAGGAAUGAAGGCAGUUUGACCCGUGCACGUGCAGCCUUGUCUGCUGCGAACAGAUUCUUAAGAAAGGAAAUGAAGGAGUGUGGCUUCUCAUAGAAAGUGUCGAAUGGCCAGGUCAUGUCAGUGGCAUAAUACGCUCUAGUCGCAUCAAUUUGAAGAAUGACUUCCCAUACGUGUGUAGGCCAGCUCCCUGAGCCCAAGCCACCUCGACGCUGACAACGAAGAAAACCCUGAACAGUCUGAUUCCACACUCACUGGUCCUCCGAGCCUCUGAGAUGCUGCAGCUCCAUGGACUGCGUACUGCUGCGCAUUUAAGCUUUCGGACGUACUGUAUUCGAGAUGCACAUCGGGGCAAAACUCAGGAGCGUUUUCUUUAGGAGCCACGCCAGAAGAAGCGUCCUGUGGUUGCUCUCGGAUGCUCACCGUUCGAAUCACCGAAGGACCGAGAAGUAGAACCGUCAUUGUCUCUCUCGGUGCUCUGGGCAAGUAUCCAACACGCUCAUUGCAGGUGUAGCUUGCUAGAUAGCUCGCUCGGUCGCUCUCUUGCAGAUAAACAGAGGGCCGUCCUGCCUGCCUUCUAAACACAUGACGGUUGAUGCACACCAAUUUACGUAACGAGCCAAAUUGAGCUUGCUGGCAAUUCUGCUGCAGUGUAUGCCGAAUAGUUCCAAAAGGCCAGUCAUCGAAAGUUCUCUCAGGCAUUUCGUAUCGUGCAACCACCACCACCACCACGGAAGUCGGAAAUUACUGGGAUCUGGGGUUACUGAGCUAGAAAGAAUUCCUCGUGAAAAAGGCCGUGUCUGUAUCUGGGGCCCAUCCGCAACAUAAGAUGGGACAGUCGCAGAACUCCAAGGGUCAUCCAUAUGCAAGUAUGAAUUUAAAGUACGGCCAUCCUGUGGAGUUUGUGAAUGCGCACCAGCAGCAGCAGCAGGAACCAGUGUCCACUCGGUUGCUGGCCAACGUAUUGUCGUCCAAAGCCAAGCGAAUAUCUGCAGGCAUAGUGCUGAUGAGCUUUCUGGCGAUCCUCAAUCUCGGAGCAUUCUUCGCCGCUCUCAGAAUCGGGCUCGUCUUCUACACUCCAGAAAGCGAAGGUCCGUCACUGGCAGUGAGAGGCUUCAACCACGAUUUCGACUAUCCGGUCUGCUUGCUAGUGGCCAUCGGUGACGACGGCGACAAACCCAACGAGCAGGCCGUGCCAUAUUCCGAGCUCUACCGGCUGACCGAUGCGGCGAUCGACGAGCUGCGCCAAAGACCUCCGGCCACCAAGCUCCUACUGGCUGCAGAUUACACGACCGUAGCCUGCAAGAUGCUGAGGGACAGCUUGGAGCUGGUGGAAUCACUGGCCGGGGUUGUGGAGCUCAGCUGCCAAACUCCAGGCCAGGCUUACAAAAAUGUGGUGCAUUCGGGGCACCAGAAAAUUCGAUGCGGGACGACGGUGGUGGGCGAUAGCGCUCGCUAUGUGCCGCAGCUGACACUGGAAUGGGCGCAGCUCAUGCAGUGGCAGAGCCUGCGGGUGGUGAAUCUGGACGACGAGGACCCGGCGCGAGCUGGCCCCGGCAUUCCUCGAGAGAAUUGGCGGCCCACGGUGGUGACGGCCUUCAGCACCAACCACUUCGCCGUGGGCUCGCUGCUGCUGCGCUCGCUCGCCAAGGCGGGCAAGGAAGCUGCGGACGCAGGGCUGUACAAUGUGUCGGUGAUUGCGUAUCAGCUGGAGGAGUUCAAUUCCACUCUGCAGCCGCUGCUGGACUGCGUGGUCCGCGAGAUGAACGAGGAGUACAAUGUGAACACCGAGCUUCGGCUCUUCAAUUUCUCGGCCGUGCCGGCAUGGAUGAGGAUCAAUGAGAGCCGAGGGUACAGCGGGACGGGCGAGUACGCCUGGAAGGUCGAGAUCAUUCACUCGGUGCUGGUGGAGAGGGGCUUCGUGCUGUGGGCCGAUGCCGGGGGCCGCUUCACAUUUCACGGGCUCAUCGAGAGCUUGAACAACACUCUGGCCCAUGGCUUCGCCAACAAGAACACGGUCGGAGUGCUGCCCAAGUGGGUGCACUCGGGCAUGCUCAAAUACUUCCGCUACAACUUCCACCAUAACCCUCCCGUGCCCAAUUGCGAUGGCUCGGGCAUCGGCUUCACGCUGGACAAGUACCAGAGCCUGGCCAGGCCCUGGUACGACUGCAGCAUCACAAGGCAGUGCAUCGCUCCGGACGGGUCCAGUCGAGCUAAUCACCGGCAAGACCAAUCGGCCCUCACCAUUCUCACCAGCCUGAAUGGCGACGUGUGCCAAGGGAUCAGCUCGUCCGUCAAGAGGCACAUGGACUCGCACCCUGGGGAUUUCUCCGGCACGAACCCCACCCGCUGCUACUCCGACCCUUUGCAAGUUUACGAUGGCUUCUCAUAGGCCCCAUGGGCGGCGGCUCGCUCCCGUCCUCGUAGAUCGAAUUGGACACUGUCUUUUCAAGAGUUGGAUUUUGCCAGCGAGCUCUUGAAUUAGAGGCCCUCGGCACGAGGGCCCUCACUGUAGGUAGGUCUGUCUCUGCUGAGACUCGUGCCAUUGCACUUCCAAUUUGCAGCUGUAAAUAAAAUCCGAACACGCUUAGAGUUUAUCGAUUCUGAGUACGUC